GAUUCACGCGAGCUGCUGACUUCUCUCGAGCACCGAGGAAGCUGCCCGCCCGGCGGGACGCGGAAAAGUCCUCCCUCAGCCCCGAGAUUCGCAUCGCGCGCAUCCGGCCGUACGCUUGCCCAUCGCCGCGAAGCCACGCCUGGCCGACGCGCCGCCCCACGCAACCGGGAGAAGAGAAGACAACGCGCUCGCCGCUCCCCUCCCCGCGUACUGAUAUGACUCCGCCUCCCCGCGGCGGAGUUACUCCUCCACUUCUUUAUCCGGAAGGAGGGAGGAUGGUCGGUGCGCUCCGUCGUCCGUAGCGCGUGCCCGCCGGUAUUAAUACCCCAGAGCCCACCGCAACCUCCACCCAUCGGAACAUUCAAGUUCAAGCUCCCCCAUCUCCAUCACUACAACCAGCCACCUCAAGCUUUGAAGCUCAGCUAGCUCGCCGCGACCGUCGAGUCUCAAGUCUUGGGCCAUGUCGAGCGGCGGCGGGAAGCAGCAGCAGGCGAAGAAGCCGGCGGCGGCGGAGGACAUCGAGAUCAAGAAGGUCUUCUCGCGCUUCGACACGGACGGCGACGGCCGGAUCUCGCCGUCGGAGCUGGCCGCCGUGUCGCGCGCCAUCGCGCCGCCGGCCACCGAGUCCGCGCAGGGGCGGGAGGUGGCGUCCAUGAUGGACGAGCUCGACACCGACCGCGACGGCUACGUGGACCUCGGCGAGUUCGCCGCCUUCCACGGCCGCGGCCGCGGGGAGCGCGAGCUGGACGCCGAGCUGCGCGACGCCUUCGACAUCUACGACAUCAACGGCGACGGCCGCAUCUCCGUCGCCGAGCUCAGCAAGGUCCUCAGCCGCAUCGGCGAGGGGUGCAGCACCGAGGACUGCGAGAAGAUGAUCGCCUCCGUCGACGUCGACGGCGACGGCUGCGUCGGCUUCGACGAGUUCAAGAAGAUGAUGACCGGCGACGUCGCCGGCGCACCACCUCAACCCGAAGCGACCGCCGCCCCUGACAGCAACAAACCCAAGAAGGAGUGAUCCAUGCUUGCUUGUAAAUUCGUAGUAAUGUGAGGGGGGCGAAGGGAAGGUGUAUGUUAAUUGUCAGUACCUGUUGGGCAUAGUGUUCUGGUCUGAAGAUGGUAAAAAUUGGGAAUAAGGAUCAAUGUGCAAUUGCCACUCUUGUGAUGUA